GCGAGCCACGAUUUGCUGCCAUUUGCCAGCCGAGCGGUCGACUUUCGUUUAGUUUCCGACUGCUGGCUUCGCCCGGGAGUUAGUGUUGACCGUUUGACGCUUGAAAAAGCAACGUUGUUUAGUGCGUAGGAGAUUUUUACCAAAAAAAUCACAAUGGGCAUAAAAUUCCUGGAGGUUAUCAAACCGUUUUGCAGUAUACUGCCAGAAAUAGCGAAGCCUGAGCGAAAGAUCCAAUUCAGGGAAAAAGUCUUAUGGACAGCUAUCACACUUUUCAUUUUCUUAGUAUGCUGUCAGAUUCCACUUUUUGGCAUCAUGUCUUCGGACAGUGCCGAUCCCUUUUACUGGAUUCGUGUAAUUCUUGCUUCGAACCGAGGUACAUUGAUGGAGCUGGGAAUAUCUCCCAUUGUUACGUCGGGUUUGAUCAUGCAGCUUUUAGCUGGUGCCAAGAUCAUCGAAGUCGGUGAUACCCCUAAAGACCGAGCACUUUUUAAUGGAGCUCAAAAGUUGUUCGGUAUGGUGAUAACAGUUGGUCAAGCAAUCGUUUACGUAAUGACCGGCAUGUACGGUGAUCCUGCUGAAAUUGGGGCUGGUGUUUGCUUGUUGAUCAUCAUACAACUAUUCGUUGCCGGUUUGAUCGUGCUGCUGCUUGAUGAGCUUUUGCAAAAAGGAUAUGGAUUGGGUAGCGGUAUAUCUCUCUUCAUCGCAACAAAUAUAUGUGAAACUAUUGUAUGGAAGGCCUUUUCCCCCGCCACAGUCAACACCGGUCGUGGUACAGAGUUCGAAGGUGCCGUAAUUGCGCUUUUCCAUCUUCUUGCCACCAGACAAGACAAAGUUAGGGCACUGCGAGAGGCUUUCUACCGUCAGAAUCUUCCCAAUUUGAUGAACUUGCUCGCUACCAUCCUAGUUUUCGCUAUAGUUAUUUACUUCCAGGGCUUCCGCGUGGAUUUGCCAAUCAAGUCAGCCAGAUACCGUGGACAGUACAGCAGUUACCCUAUCAAAUUAUUCUACACCAGCAACAUUCCGAUCAUUCUGCAGUCUGCUCUGGUCUCCAAUUUAUACGUCAUAUCGCAGAUGUUGGCCGUCAAGUUUCAGGGUAACCUUAUAGUGAAUUUACUGGGAGUUUGGUCCGAUGUUGGAGGGGGCGGUCCAGCUCGUUCCUAUCCCGUUGGUGGGCUGUGCUAUUACCUUUCCCCACCUGAAUCCGUUGGCCAUAUCGUUCAAGACCCCGUCCAUGCUUUCCUCUACAUCUUAUUCAUGCUGGGUUCCUGCGCUUUCUUCUCAAAAACGUGGAUUGAAGUCUCUGGAAGCUCUGCUAAGGAUGUCGCGAAGCAACUGAAAGAACAACAGAUGGUGAUGCGAGGUCAUCGAGAUAAUUCUCUGAUUCGUGAAUUGAACCGUUACAUUCCAACGGCUGCAGCAUUCGGUGGAUUGUGUAUCGGAGCUCUUUCUGUGCUGGCUGAUUUCCUUGGUGCAAUUGGAUCGGGCACGGGUAUUCUGCUUGCUGUAACGAUUAUUUACCAAUACUUUGAAAUUUUCGUGAAGGAACAAAGUGAAAUGGGUGGAAUGAGCACGCUACUGUUCUAGGCUUAAAUUUGUUUGAAUUUAGAGCGUGAAUUUCGAAGACCUCAGAAGAACUGAAUAAUAAUUUAUUGUAAACCAAGUCCAGUUGGCACUGGCCCGCUCUGUUUAUUGUUCAUCGGUUUGUUGCGUCGAAAGGGUCUGCGUUUUUGCGAAAAGGGUGAAAUACAUGUAUAUUUAUAGAUUUCAUAUUAAAUUAUUAAACUAUAUAAACUUUCUAUGUGAAAUUUCCAUUUACCUGCUGUGCCCAUCUGACACAAACGAUUGGCCAGAUGUAAAAAAACUAGGCAGCUGGAUUUCAGGACAAUACUGUUACCCAAGUUGACGAGUCAUUCGAGUUAACUGUAUUAGUAAGCAAUAGAAGAGCAAUCGUUGAUAUCUUGUUUAGGGUGUACGGCUUGUUUUGGAUACCGGAGAAUCAUUACAGGAAUAAAUCAGGGACCCUGUAGCGACUUUAAAUCUUUUAAUUUUAAACAGAGCGGCUCUAAAGACUCGGUGUGUGUGCGAGUGAGAUUACAUCAUGUUCAUAUAAAUUUAAACAUUGAAUGCAGUGUAAUAAUUUAGACAGGACGAGACACCCACCUAGGGUAUUCGUACAGCGACUGAACAAAACGUAUAAUGUUCGCUCAUCUUAGGUACCAUCAUUCCUGUAUUAUUAUUAAUAAUACAAAGUAAAUUAAUAAUAAAAUGUCUCUUGUAUUAGGAGGAUGUGUUUUUAUAAAAUCUUGAAAUUUAA